AUGGCGAGACCCGGCGCUGCGUGCCCUCCGCCCGCCCGCCGGGUGAUGGUGGCCGCACGGGCGCUGCUCUUCUGGGCGCUGGUUUACAGCUACUGCGGGGUGUGCGCCUGCAUCGCCGGGCUGCGGCUGCUCUGGAGCAUCGGCCGGCGCCCGGGCGAGACCUUCCGCUGGGUGGUGCGGGAGAACCCCCCCGCCUGUCUCAACGACCCCUCCCUGGGCACCCACUGCUACGUCCGCAUCAAGGAUUCAGGGUUACGAUUCCACUAUGUGGCUGCUGGAGAAAGGGGCAAACCACUCAUGUUGCUGCUUCAUGGCUUUCCAGAAUUCUGGUAUUCUUGGCGCCAUCAACUGCGGGAAUUUAAAAGUGAAUAUCGAGUGGUGGCCCUGGAUUUGAGAGGUUAUGGAGAAACAGAUGCUCCUCCUCACAAAGAAAAUUACAAGUUAGAUUGCCUGAUAGCAGACAUAAAGGAUAUUUUGGAAUCUCUAGGAUACAACAAGUGUGUGUUGAUUGGCCAUGACUGGGGAGGAAUGAUUGCUUGGUUGGUGGCCAUAUGUUACCCUGAAAUGGUGACUAAGCUGAUUGUGGUUAAUUUCCCUCAUCCUUCUGUAUUUACAGAAUACAUUCUACGACAUCCAUCACAAUUGAUUAAAUCUGGUUACUACUUCUUUUUCCAAAUGCCAUGGUUUCCUGAAUUCAUGUUUACACUAAAUGAUUUCAAGGUUCUGAAAAGUUUAUUUACCAGCCAGGCUACUGGAAUUGGAAGAAAAGGCUGCAGAUUAACUGCAGAGGAUAUUGAAGCUUAUCUCUAUGUCUUUUCACAACCUGGAGCAUUAACAGGACCCAUUAACCAUUACAGAACUCUUUUCAGCUGCCUGCCUCUGCAGAACCAUGAAGUCAUCAUGCCAACCCUGCUGUUAUGGGGAGAAAGAGAUGCAUUUAUGGAAGUUGAGAUGGCAGAAAUUACAAGGAUUUAUGUUAAAAAUCAUUUCAGAUUAACUAUUUUGUCAGAAGCCAGUCAUUGGCUCCAGCAGGAUCAACCUGACAUAGUGAACAAGUUGAUAUGGACCUUUCUUAAGGAAGAGACAAAAAGAAAAAGAGAAUGACUGUUUGUACAUGUUUUAAGGGGUCUAAAUAAAAGCUCUUCGGAUUUAAAACCUAAUUGUUAUCAGGGCCAUAUUUCCAGCCUGCCUUCUAUUUUGAGCUCUGUUAGAGAAGUGUUUUCAUUGUACUGUACAUUUGGACACUAAUCGUACAGCUAAAAGAAGUGAGUAUGAGAAUAUAUGAUACCAACAUUGGUUUUACCUGUAUACUUGUAUUUUGCACAUAAAAACACCUGCCUUAAAAUACAUAUGUAUUUGUACAGAAAGAAAAUCAUGGAAAGUUGCUUGGUUUUGUUUUCUCCCUUGCUUUACAGUUGUAAUGUGUGGUGCCUUUUACAAAUUUAUAACGAAACAAUAGAGUGGUGCCAUACUGAAGAAAGUCACAAGUUUUCAUUCUAGAUCUGCCUGAAUUUUUAAAAUGUAUUUUACCAUUAAACAGUAACUCUUUUUAUCUAUAUUUUAGCAUACUGAACGAUUGAAACUUUUCUGGGUACGUUUCUAGUCUUCAAGUGAAUAAUGAUCCGUAUCUUGUUGUAUUGUUGAAUGCAGCUGCUUUGCGCAAUGUGUUUUUCUUUCUUGACUAAAAAAUGGGAAACCUGUACACUCCACAUGUCUGAACAAGAACAAUGGAAAAUUAAGAUAUAACAUGUAUCAAAUCCACCUCUGUCUAAUAAAAUGCAACUUACAAG